AUGGCCACCGCUAGAAAGACUGUGCUUAUUACGGGAUGCAGCCCUGGUGGGAUUGGCUAUGAAAUAGCCAAACAAAUGCACGAGAAAGAGCUAGGUUUCCGUGUGCUUGCUACAGCACGAUCAAUUGAAUCGAUUCAAACUCUCUCCAGUCUAGGAAUUCAAUCUCUAUCAUUAGAGUUGAACAACGUCGACAGCAUCGCAGGGCUUCUUCGCGAAGUAGAGAAGAUUACAAAUGGCCGACUGGACAUGCUAAUCAACAAUGCUGGGCGCAAUUACACCGUGCCCGCGCUUGAUGUCGAUUUCGACGACGUAAACGAUGUACUCCAAACCAAUACGGUCGCAGUGAUGCGAAUGUGUCAGACUUUUGCGCCACUUCUGAUUGCUGCUAAGGGGACGAUUGUACAAAUUGGCAGUGCAGCGGCUCUAAUCAGGCAUUCAAUAGACCAUAUCCUUUCUCUAGUGCGCACUUACACCUCUGAGACCUUUAACCCGUCACUAAUGUAUAUCCCAACAGGUGUAUAUAAUGCAUCCAAAGCAGCCAUACACGCCUACAGCAAUACACUCAGGGUUGAACUCGCUCCCUUUGGAGUUAAAGUCACGAUUGUCGUGAGCGGGAGGGUGCAGUCACGACUAUCACGCAUUAAGCGAACCUUGAAACCUGAUUCUCUCUACAAGCCCAUGGAGGAAGAGUACGCCAGACGCGUAGAGCAUUCCCAGGGCGACGCUACGCCGGCCGAUCAAUUCGCUGCGACAAUCGUGCCGCAGCUACUUCUAGCCAAGCCGCCGCUUUGGGUGUGGGAGGGGAAGCAGAGUUGGACGGUUUGGUUCUUGGAUGGGUUCGUUCCGAGAAGCAGGGUUCACUCCAUCUUCCUGGGCUUGUUUGAUUUCAGUGGCUUGAAGUAA